CGUCUAAUAGCUCGCGGUUGACGAACUGGGUGUAGCAGUGUACAGCGCUGAUCAACAAGAGGUUUUCUGUUAAGAUCGAAUACAAAUCUGCGCGAAGGGACAUCGAUUACUGAGUUAUUCUCGUGUUUCUACCAUGGCUCUUGCUGCUUGGCGCCAGUUUACGUUUUUUGACGUUCUUCCGAUCAGGGAUCCUGCUGUUACAGAUGAGGAUGGACCGCUAUAUUCGGAUCCCAAUGUCUCUGCAGUUUGCUCGGGCACUGGAUCAUUAUAUCUAGGCACCACCGGUGGAAUUGUCAAGAUUGUCUCCAAGUCGCUGAAGCUCCAAGUGUCAUUCACGGCUCAUGAGGAGGGAUAUGCGAUCACUUACAUGAAGCAGGUCGAGGGAACCGCCAACCUGUUGACGGUAGCUGAGUCCAAAACCGCGGAACCUCAGAUUCGUUUGUGGUCCUUAGACACUCCCGAUAAGAAGACCCAGGGACCGAAAUGCAACUUCUCGAUCAACAUACAUCUCAAGAAGCUGACAGAGAUCUCGGCUGUCGCUCUGGCAGAAGACUUCUCGAUUAUCGCGGUCGGAUUCGAAAACGGCCAUGUAGUGCACGUCCGCGGUGAUCUUCUCCACGACAAAGGACUUAAGCAGAAGAUUAUCUACGAGAGCCCUGCACCAGUUACCGGUCUCGAGUUUUACGAAGCCAGCAAGACAUCGCUGCUGUACAUCUCGACGACAGAGCGUAUCGUCACCGCAUGGACUACGGGCAAGAACCAGGGAAGUUUAGCCCGAGUGCUUGAAGAGAAGGGAUGUGCAAAGGGUUGCAUGGGGAUCAAGAAAGCUACCGGAGAGAUAUUAGUAGCGCGGGAAGACGCUAUUUACUUUUACACUCCGUACGGGCGAGGUCCGUUGUACGUUUACGAGGGUCCAAAGUCACAGCUCUUUGUAUACAAGUCAUAUAUCGGAAUAGUAUCACCCAACAACGCGGCCACCGAUUCGAAUGUCCAGUCAUCGGUGCGAAAGUAUGUCGGCGCGACUGCUUCCAGCGCUGACCCCUAUGAGACUGCGCAGUUUACGAUCUUGGACACAGAUAACAAGUUUGUUGCCUAUACCGGCCAGUUUGCCGGCGGGGUGAAGUCCAUCUUUACCGAGUGGGGUGAUUUGUACGUUUUGGGAGGUGACGGUCAACUUUACAGACACCAGGAGCGUGAUUUGGCUUCAAAGUUGGAAAUACUUUAUCAGCGGAACCUGUACAAUCUUGCGCUGACGCUUGCUUCCAACGCGGGAGCGGAUGAGAAGCGGAUUCUGAGUAUAUACAAGAAGUACGGCGAUCAUCUGUAUGAAAAGGGAGAUUACGAUGAAGCCAUGGUCCAGUAUAUUCGUGCCAUUGACGGAGGAGAGGCUAGUCAGGUUAUUCGAAAGUACCUCGACUCUCAGCGGAUCUACAAUCUGACCUCCUAUCUUGAGGAGCUGCAUAACAAGGAAAUCGCAACGGCCGAUCACACCACUCUGCUCUUGAAUUGCUACGCGAAGCUCAAAGACACGGAGAAGUUGGAGACUUUUAUAAGAUCUGAGGGCGAGAAUUUGAAGUUUGAUCUUGAUACAGCGAUCCAGAUGUGCAGACAGGGCGGCUAUUUCCAGCAAGCUGCAUACCUUGCCGAAAAGCAUGGUCAGAACGACCUGGUUGUCGACAUCACUUUGCAAGAUCUCGGCGACUACAAAUCUGGCCUGCGGUUUUUGCAAAGUCUGCCUCCGGAAGACAUGUAUCACAAUCUGAGUCGGUACGGCCGUGUCUUGCUCCAGCAUGUCGCACGAGAGACUACAGCGCUGUUUAUCGAGUACUUCACCGGGAGAUACGUGCCAAGAGAGAUUCCGAACGUUGCAGAACUUGAGAACGGCGAGCAGGCGCGGGAAAUGUCGCCACCUUCUUCGGUGCCGAAUUACAAAAAUCUGCUGCCUUACAUGGCGGGUAGUCGGCCUGCGUCAGUGAUGUCUGGUCUGACGGGUGAGCAGACGCCGACGAUCAUGAGCGCGAUCACUUCGAAUGUGGGGAAACUGUCGACGGUUGUGGGUGGUGCAAUCACCGGCAGCGCCUCGGUAGCCAACGCACCCUUGACGCUCGAGUCAAGCUCGUAUGAUCAGGACGGCAAGAUCGUUGACUAUGUGAUACCCAAGCCGCGGACGGUGUUUGCUACGUUUGUGGAUCAGCCCGACGAGUUUAUUAUUUUCCUGGAAGCGUGUAUAGCGCAUCACCGGACAGCGGGGGGACAAGAAAGUGACGAGAUUGACAUGUACACGACUCUGUUUGAGAUGUACUUGCAAAAGGCCGAGGCUAGUACUACCGAAGAAGAGAAAGUUCAGUGGGAGGAGAAGAGUAAAGAGUUGAUCACUAGUGCUCAGGCACCGAUAGAUCCAUCUAAUGUGCUGCUGCUCUCACAUCUUUACUCGUACCGGGAAGGCAGGAUUCUGGUCCGGGAACGGGAAAAUCUGCAUAUCGAUAUCUUCCGAUCGUAUGUGUCGGUCAAUGAUACGAUCUCAGCUAUACAGACACUUCACAAGUACGGCGAUAUCGAACCCGAGUUGUACCCUCUGGCGCUGUCAUACUUUACGUCUUCGCCCGAAGUCAUGGCAAUUGCCUCAGACGAGCUAAGCCACGUGCUCAAGAAGAUCGAGGAAGAAGGGCUGAUGGCACCGCUACAGGUGAUCCAGGCGCUGAGCGUCAACGCCGUGGCCACGGUUGGAAUCGUGAAGGACUACCUGUCGGAGAUUAUCGAGCGCGAGAAGAAAGAGAUCGAGACGAACCGGAAGCUCACGGAAUCGUACCAGAUGGAGACACGCGCAAAGAUCGAGGAGAUCCGCGAGCUCGAGACCGAGCCGCGGGUGUUUCAGUCUACACGGUGCGCGAGCUGCGGCGCGGCAUUGGAUCUGCCUACGGUGCAUUUCAUGUGUAAGCAUUCUUUCCACCGCAGAUGCUUGAACGAGGUCAAUGAGGACACAGAGUGUCCUUCGUGCAAGUCGAACAAUGCUACGAUCAGAGCUAUUCGCAGAGCGCAGGAUGAUAUGGCGGAUCGACAUGAUCUUUUCAAAGCUUCGUUGGAGGAGAGUGAGGAUAAGUUCAAGGUCAUCAGCGAUUUCUUUGGAAGGGGUGUUAUGCAGCAGGUAGAAUUUUUGGUGGAGUGAGGGGAUGAGAUGAAGCUUAGGUAGGCGUGGCGUUGGGAUCAGGUAUCGAGCUCACUCUUCUAUUUCAUAUUAGAUAAAAGUAGCAGAGCAUCUUUGCGAGCUUAGAUC